AUGCCUAGUUCACCGGACCAUCACCACUCCCGCCAGAUACGGCCCCCUACUACGGAGGCCAACUGUGAUGAUUCUGUCUCUCCUUCGCCCUUGGAGCGGUGCAGGAACUCGGAGUUCAGCUCAACUACUACUCUGACCGCGAAGCCAUUCUCUACAAUCAAGGGACAUCGAGACAUGGUCGACCCGGAACGUUUCUCAGUACAACGCCCCCAGCGUCGCCGAGCGCUACCACUUUGUACAUGGAGCACAGUUGCAGUGCUGUGGCUCUCCUCUAUCGUACUCACGGCGUGGCUCUUUGGCCAUUGUGAGACACGACCUAGGCAUUCGUACGAGACGGGCUUCGACACAGACUUAAACCCCCUGAGGCCUGCCAUCGAACUCAAGAAAGUGCGGUUUACGGGCGGUCUCAAGUUCCACGAGAACGGCACGACCUAUCGCUACCUCGAGCCGGGCGCUACGCAGUAUGUCGGCGAGCCGAGCGAGGAAUUGGACCGGGCCUGGAGGCUGCUAAUUCAAGGUCAGGGCGUCGAUCUCCUCGGCGACGAAGCGGAGGGGUUGGAAGGAAAAACGUACCAGAAACCAGAAGGUUGGUGGCUAACGGGUGCGGAUGUGUUCCAUCAGUUGCACUGCGUGAAUAUGGUCCGCGAGGCUCUUCGCCCAGACUACUACACGCCACCUAAUCCCGAGCCGAUACAUACCAUGCACAUAGACCAUUGUAUCGACUAUCUCCGCCAGGGUGUGAUGUGCAGCGUGGACUUGACCAUGAUUCCCAUAGGGUGGUCCGACACCAGGAAUCGGAUACUCCAGAAUACGGAGGUGGUCCAUACGUGUCGGGAUUUCGACAAGGAGGCCAAGGCUGGCCCCAUGCUCCAAGUCUUCGGUUUGCGGAAUUAUCCUCUUCAAUUCGACCAGAUGGAGGAGAUGGAGCUGGACGUCGGCGAAUACACGACAUGGAUGGAACUUGCUUUCAUGCACUGGUCCGCGCGAAUCGACGCGGCAGAUGUCGAGUUCGUCCUCGCACCGCCGAGAGACUCCGAGCCUGUUACAAGGCGACGCAAAUCGCCUGUGCUGGGAGACCACUGCCUCUGGAUCCUCGACUUCGACUGCUGCAAGGUCAUGACGAUGGACGAGAACGGCAUCCAGCGAGCGGCGGAAACGUGCUGGAGCAACGAUCCGUUCUACCUACGGCCAGCCCACGGGGACGAACGCGAUAUCGAUCUGUGGCGGCAUUUCAGGGGCGCGUUCCUGGAGGCAAGCGCUAGGAUCAUCAUCGCGUCCGAGGAUGGUGGCCAGUCUCGAAGUUAUUUCCCGGAGAGACUCGUGGGAUUGAUCGAGGAUCGGGUCGCAACGUUUACGAAAACAACCAAGGCAGAUGGUUUGAAAGGAGAAUGA